CAGCCAUCAAGUUUGGUUCGAGACCUGCCUCACUAAACUUUUUCUCACUCUUUUUGAAAAUACAAGCGAGGAAUUGGAACUGGGAAUUUCUUCAGGAGGGCUCCAAACUACAGACCGGUAGAAGGAGAGGGGAUGCGGAAGUGCUUGACAUCCAAGGCACAUCCAUUGAGGCGCACCAGUGGUCUCCGAGCCGUUGAUUGUUUGACACCACCAUGCAAGCAGGCAAACCAUGUGAAGGACGCAAGUUCGCCCAAAGCGGCCCAGGAAAUUGAAGAUUCCUGUCUAUCGGAUCUCGUUUUCUUAGAACAACAACCUUCCCAAACCUUCACUUUUUUCUUUCUGACAGCAUCUCACUGAUCUCACUUAUCUGAUCUGAUCUGAUCUGAUCUGAUCUGAUCUGAUCUCCCUUGCCCUUGCUGCUUUCCUUUCCUUCUUUGUCUCUCGCUUCUCAGCUAAGCUAAUAAGAUGGCCGCCGCCGUUGCCGCUUCUCAGAUUUCCCGCGCCACGGUUGUGGGCAAGACAUCGUCCACCAUUUCCAAGAGCAUUAACGCCCAAAAUGCCAUUCGCAGGACCAACAAUAGUAUUUUGGAACCCGGUCAAACCGUGGUGAUUCCUCGUUGGUGGACCGGUCGAUACGAUGCCGUAUGUGAUCCCGCUCGUUUCUUGGUGGACGGACAAGGCAAAAUCACCAAGGCAGAUCUGCAUGCCAAUUCGGACCUUGGCCAAGAACUGCAACACAAGUACAACGACGUUGGUUUGGUCCAUGUACACAAUACCGGUCUCACCAACAUGGCCGAUCAACGCACAUUGGCCCGCAUCCUUAUGGGCGAAGAAACCGAGUACGAAGGAGGCGCCAAUCCCCGUGGACGCGCUGCCGAUCUAGGAAAUGUCUAUGACAUUGGUGCUCCCCUCGAAGCCGCAUUGGCGUAUCAUCACGAAGUCACCUACAAGUCUCAUUCGGUCGAGUCUCUAGGAUUCCUCUGCAAGCAUGCCGUACAGCGGGAUCAAGUUGGAUGGAGCUUUGUCUCGGACAGUGUGCAAGCCCACGAUUACAUCAUGACCACUCCCUUGGGACAAAAGCUCAAGGAAAAGGGAUUGUGCUUUGUACGUCGCAUGACCGACGCUACCAGCGAACGAGAUAUCGGUGCGUUGGACCAUGACAAUCCCUCGCUUACUGUUUACAAUCACUGGCAGCAAUCUUGGAUGACCAAUGAUCCGGAGGAAGCCGAAGCGGCGGCCCACAAACAAGGACUCCUCGUGGAAUGGGUCCCUCAAGUGGGUGGUGGUCACAUGAUGCAGACUCGUUACUACAAGUCCGCCUUUGAGUAUGUGCCUGGUUUGGACCGCAACAUUAUGGCCACCAGCAUUGCCGAUGAUGGAGAAUGGUUCGACUCGUGGCCGGGAAUCAAGGACGUCCCUCAAGAAUUGCGCCCAUUGGAAAUGUACUUUGGAGAUGAUACGCCCUUUACGCUAGAGGAAAAGCAGGCAUGGACGGAUGCCUACGACAUGUUUGGCAUUCCCUUGCCCUGGCAAGCGGGCGAUGUCGCGGUCCUUUGCAACCUUCGCUAUGCGCACGGACGUCCUGGAAUUCAUCUCCUCCCGGGGGAACAACGUGAAUUGGGAGUCAUGCUAGGAAGCUUCUUUGAGCGUCAGGAAACCAAAGAAGGAAAGUGGUAAGUUAGCUAUGACGAUAGAUACCGUUGGAGUGGAAUUGUGAUAUCCAUUGGAUGCCCCGAUGAUUACAAGGAAAGGAGGAGAACGACGAAUCUGUGCGCAGUGAUAGAUUGUAGCACUAUGUAAGAACAGAACUAUAGCAGGGCCCAGCUUCAUGU